AGAAUACAAAAGAAGAAAAGAAACUAUAAAAAUAAAUUAAACGAAAGACCACAAUUACCUGUAUCUAGACCUACUGAACAGCAACAAACACCCUUUACCAGACUGCCAGCCAGAAUACUUAACCAGGAACAAGUUCAAAGUUUAGCCAAUGAUAUAAGAAACAACCAACGCAACAAUAGACAAUUUCAAGGAAUAGGAACUGGAUUACCACAUUAA